CUAAUAUCUACCAUUACUGAAAAUCUUUGUUUACCUCUUAAUUUCACAUUCUAUUUUUACAUAAAAAACAAGGUAUUAUUUCGUACUUCAUACAGUCAAAGAUAGUGAAAGAUUUUUUUAACAUAAUGAUACACCUUUUUAAACACUCAUUAUCAUGCAUUAUUUAUCAGAACAUAAAAACAUCAAAAUUGAUCAAUCUUUAAUUAUCUUUAAUUAAGAUGUUGGGAAAUCUUAUGAACUCAUAAUUUGCCAGUGAACACUUGUACAAAAUUUAGGGAAAGAGUGCACAAAACGUAAACCUUUAUUUAAAAAGAAUGUUAAUAGAAGCAUUCUUAAACUCUACUUCAUCAUUCACAACUGAAUGCGAAUUUUAAAGGUCUUCAUUUUGUACAAUUUUGCAUCAUGCCUGUGUGCCGUCCCUGGUGGUGAGUUGGCAGCACACAUCAGGAGACAGCACAGCAUGUGACCUUUGCUAUUCCCAGUGUUCUGCCCAGGGCCAAAAUUAGCCUCUGACCAAGGGUACGUUUCAUUAUAGAGCACCGCUGACAGACAGAAAGUGUCAGGCUAAUAUACGACACUAGUUUUUACACAGAAAACAGUACAAUUCCAUCAACACCUUGCAUAAAAAGUAGAGGAAAUUUGUGAAGAAACAGAGUUAUGGUUUAAUACUGGAAUGAAUUCAAGUGUAUGAAAGGGGUGAACAAAGAGGGCUGAUCUACUGAGAGAGACACGCUUUGCAGCUGUGGAUGAAGUUCCUGUGGUGUGAGAAGGGAAGGAGCAGGCGACACGCGCUGCUGAGAUCAGUGUGUGCAGCGAGUGUGUGACGCUGCAGCGGUGGGGUGGUCUGGGGUCACCAUGACUGGGGUGGUGGUGUGCUGUGGGGCAGUGAACUCCAUCAAGGCUCUUUGGGAGGGCAGGAUAAAGAAGAGCAGGGAAGACCAGCAGAAAGCUCAAGAGCUCAAGAACAAGCCUUCUGUUGGCAGGCUUGCACAUUCUUGGGAGGAUCGCAUCACGUUGGCUAAGCUCAGAGAGAAGGUGGUGACAGAGGAGGGAAGGGUUAUCCUGCGGAUAGAGAAAGAGGAAUGGAAGGCCCUCCCCCCAGUCCUCAAGCAGUUCCCCCAGCUCCAGGAAUGGCAGCUGCACCGGAUAGGGCUGCAGAAGAUCCCUCGCUUCAUCUCCAGUUUUCAGAAUCUCAUCGUGCUGGACCUGUCCCGAAACGCCAUCACAGAGAUUCCCAAAGAGAUUGGUCAGCUGACCAGACUGAGGGAGUUGCUCGUGAGCUACAAUAGGGUGAGCGAAGUUCCUGGGGAGCUGGGCUGUUGUGAAAACCUGGAGAAGCUGGAGCUGGCCUUCAACUGUGACCUGGAUGAACUCCCAACCCAGCUAAGCAACCUCAAGAAACUGUACCAUUUGGAUCUCUCCAUGAACCAGUUCACCACCAUCCCAGAAAGCAUUCUCAGUCUGCCUGCACUGGAGUGGCUCGAUAUGGGAGGGAACAAGAUCCAAAGCUUGCCAGAAGACAUCCACAGAAUGGAGAAGCUGCACACCUUGUGGCUGCAGAGGAACGAGCUGGAGUACCUGCCCGACAACAUCAGCCGCAUGCGUAGCCUGGACACGCUGGUGCUUAGCAGAAACAAACUGCGCGACAUUCCCGCUUUAAUGGAAGGCAUGGAUAAUCUCAGGUUUGUGAAUUUCAGAGACAACCCACUCACAUUAGACGUGUCUCUACCAGACCUGAGAACGUCGGAGGAAGAUGAGGAAGAGGACGACAGAGAGAUGUUUGGCCGAGAAUUCAUGCAUACCUACAUCCAAGAAGCCAGAAAGAGAGAACCCCCAACAAAUUACACUUCAAUAUUAACUGUGACCAUCCCAGCUGUACCGGGGACAGAAGCAGCACUCUGACACAGCUCUCCAUGUUGGCUUUCGUCUAUCUACUGCUUCCUGUUAAGAGUCCUGUCCAUUACGUCUGUCUACCUCUUCCUGUCCUCUGCUUCCUGUCAACUGAGUCCUGCCACUGCCUCCUGUCAACUGCGUCUUGUCCGCCAUGUGGAGUCAAGUAAACUCUUUAAUGCAAUGGA